AUGGGCGAUUUCUGCGAUUCUGUGUUCAGAUGUGUGGUUCGUGGUGUUGACGAGGAGACGUCAACGAUAACCGUGGCUAACCUCAUGGAUCAGAAAAUGUCAGACCCACCGUCCAGUUCUCCUAAGAUACCCUCUGCUGAUCCCACGGAUGAUAAAAUGCCAGACACGCUGAAUGAGCGAGAUCUAUCUAGAGCUCCUGGUUCCAAGCUGCUGACUUUUGAUGCCUCAGUGGCGAACGCCUUUAUUGUCAAGCAAGAGUGGGAAGGUUUGGAUGAUUACCUGGGCAAGUUGGUUGCGACCAUCCUCAAGAAGACCCCCGAUGAAGUUGGUCCCGCCCAGGACAAUGACGAAGUUGAAGGAUUAUGGCAGUUCGCCAUGAAACUACCUAAACCAAACAAACAGGCUAGGCGGCAUGCAUUUAGGUGCCUAGCCUGUGGGUGGAUUUGUCCUGGAUCACGCAGUAUUUCACAUAUGAGAUCGCACAUCGUGCAGUCUCAAGACUGCGAAGGCUGUUCUAAAGUAAGGGAGGACAUGUUAGAUCGUCUGAAGGCUAUAGAUGAGACAAAGGAUGUACCAACUUUGGAAACCGUUGCGUAUUUAUCCAAAAUUAGGAAGACGAUGUCAGAAUCUGUAUCAUCCACACCUGAUACACAGCUGGAGUCUUUGCUUUCUGGAGAAGUUUCAUCAGCAACAGGCGGAACUGUGGAUGGUCGCGAGACGGCGAAGAUCGACGCCGGAUCAGUGGAUCAUGCGGCGGCGCAGCCGCAGACGUCUUUGGCCAUACUGCGACAAAACACAGAAUUCCCAAAAGGAGCACGCAGCUUAGGAGACGGCAAAUCAGUGGCACCGUGGCAGGAGGAGAUAUUGGGCACGUUUGGAUCCUCGAGUAUUAUCGCGAACGAAUCCUGA